CUAAAAUUUGAGGCUUCCAAUCUCAAGAAAAGAGACUGCGUUCUCUUCCUCUACAGGGGCAGCUUAAACCCAGAACGAAGAAUCCUGAGAUCCCAAAAUCAUAACUGCUCGCUAGUGGCGAAAACCCUAAGAAAACCUGAAACCAUUUCGUUGCAUCCCCCAAAAAUGUUCCGAAGAAGAUUGCUUUCUUCGCUGCUGUCGUCAAGCUCAAUCCUCAACCCCAAAAUCAGCGCAAAACCCGUUUCGCACAUCCCUAUACCACCAUUUCAGUCACUUCAGUCUCUACAAUGCCCAAAUUCUAGCAAUUACAGUUCUAAUGGGGCAUUUUCUGUUGUGGGUAUUCGGGCUUAUAGCUUGUUGAGUUUAAAUGAUUUAAGAGACAAGGUGCCAAGGAAGCAGAAGACAAGGAAAGGACGUGGGAUUGGGUCAGGGAAGGGAAAGACUGCAGGGAGAGGUCAUAAGGGUCAGAAGGCUCGAGGAACUAUGAAGUUUGGCUUUGAAGGUGGCCAGACACCCAUGCGCCGCCGGUUGCCAAAAAGAGGAUUUAAGAACCCAUUUAGCCUAACUUUUCAGCCUGUAGGGUUGGGAAAGAUUGCAAAACUUAUAAAUGAGGGGAAGAUAGAUUCACAUGAAUUAAUCACAAUGAAAACUCUCAAGGAUACUGGGGCCAUAGGAAAGCAGAUAAAAGAUGGAGUAAGAUUGAUGGGUCGUGGUGCUGAUCAGAUUAAGUGGCCUAUCCAUCUAGAGGUGUCAAGAGUGACAGUUAGAGCAAAGCAAGCAGUUGAAGCUGCUGGAGGAUCUGUGAGACGAGUGCAUUACAACAAAUUGGGCUUCCGGGCAUUGCUGAAACCUGAGUGGUUCGAAAAGAAAGGCAGGCUGUUGCCAAAACCAGCCAGGCCUCCACCGAAGCUGAAGGAUAAAGUUGACAGCAUUGGCCGCUUGCCUGCUCCAACCAAACCUAUUCCAUUUUAUGCUGAAGAAAAAGAAGCAGCUCCUACUGCUGCCUAGUUUACCAUUUAGUCAUAGUUAUUUAACAACUUGUAUUUUGAUUACAAAUCACCAUAUAAGAGAUUUUGGUUUAUGAAAUUUUUCUCGCAGGUCAUUUUCUCAUUCUGUUCAUCAAUUUCGCUGUUAGGAACAAGUGAAUUUUGUGAGGUUAUGUCUUUGGGCUUCAUUAUAAAGAAAUAACAUUUGAGAAGUUCUAUCCAAAAUUUAAUCAGCUACUUCAAUCA